AUGCGGGGACGUUAUCAGCGAAAGCUGGAGCACCGUGUGGUUCCCCUGUACGAGACUUUGCCUCCCCCUCGCCGUUUAGGUGUUGUUACCUCUGCGCCCCCUCAACCAGUGGGAAGUUCUACGGCGUCGGAGAGCCAGCCAGGUCCCCACACUGUUGUAACCCCUGCCGCUACGUCUCGUCCUCCUGUUGAGCCGAUAACUGAUAAUGCGGUGGACAGCAAGACCAAGAUUACUGCCACUGUUCGACAGGUUGCAGAAAAGAGGAAAGCUGUGAAAGCGAUGAUUGGGCCGGCACCUGAGGGUAGUUCAGGACCUAUUGGGCAGCGUGUGAUGCAACGUCGCGGCCUUAUGUACCUGCUGUCUUCUGCGUCGUCUCAUUCAGGGGAUGUGUUAGUGAUACCCGAUGAUGACGUUCAACAGUCUGAGGGUAUCGGAGGGGCGUCUCAUCAGCCGGAGCACAGGCCACUGCACAGGCCAUGA